GGGCUGAUCCUGGGCUCAAUCCUGGGCUCACCCCGUCCCCCCCAGACCAAGAAGAGGAGGAACAACGGGCGUGCCAAGAAGGGCCGCGGGCACGUGCAGCCCAUCCGCUGCACCAACUGCGCCCGCUGCGUGCCCAAGGACAAGGCCAUCAAGAAAUUCGUCAUCAGGAACAUCGUGGAGGCCGCUGCCGUCAGGGACAUCUCCGAGGCCAGCGUGUUCGACUCCUACGUGCUGCCCAAGCUGUACGUGAAGCUGCAUUACUGCGUCAGCUGCGCCAUCCACAGCAAGGUGGUUCGGAACCGCUCCCGCGAGGCGCGCAAGGACCGCACCCCCCCGCCCCGCUUCCGCCCCGCCGUGAGUCUGGGGGCGUCCCCGAGGGGUCUGGGGGGUCCCUGAGGGGUUUGGGGGAGU